AUGUAGGUGGAUCUAACAAACUAAAAUCUUGAAAAUAUAAGAAUAGAAAAUACUAAUAUAUUUGGAGGCAAUUUUUCUAAAUGUAAUUUAUCAAAGUCUUAAUUUAAGAAUGUGAAUAUCAAUAGAAUUAAUUUAAAUGGAGCUGUAUUAUUUGGAUGUAAUUGGUAAUAAUUAAAAAUAAACGAUUUGUAUUAAUUAGAUGGUCAUACUAGUUAUGUCUAAUCAGUCUGUUUCUCUCCUGAUGGAAAUACAUUAGCUUCUGGUAGUAGUGAUAAGUCUAUCCGUCUAUGGGAUGUCAAAACAGGAUAAUAAAAAGCCGAAUUAGAUGGUCAUAGUAAUGAUGUCAACUCAGUCUGUUUCUCUCCUGAUGGAAAUACAUUAGCUUCUGGUAGUUAUGAUAACUCUAUCCGUCUAUGGGAUAUCAAAAAAAAAUAUUGUUCAGAUUAUAGAUUUAAAGAAAUUUAGGUUAUAAAUACAAGAUAUCCUUUUUUUAACACCCCUUUGCAGUAAAAGAAUAUUAUUUAAAAUUUAGAUACAUCUAAUAUUAUGGUUUACCCAGACUUCAAUUUUUCAAGGUUUAAGAGGGUUUUUUUAUAAAACCGUUUCCUUUUAGGAGAAUUAUUGGAGUAAAUUCUAAUUAAUUAUAUACCAUAACACUUGAUUAAUUUAAAAACUAACCUAUAUUAACCCUUAAUUUAACUCUAUUUUAAAAUACUUCUUGUGUCCAAUAUUUGUUAAUAAAGUUCUAUUUUAUAGUUUUUUUCUUUUUUAACAAUCUUGAAGCAUUACUAAAAUGGAAAUUAAUUUAGCACAUUUUAAAAU